AUGUUUCACAAGCGUAACCCAUGGUGGGUAUCAACACAAUCAUACUUUGCUGAAAGGAAUUCUUUCCAAAGGCGUAAGCAUGUACGUUUCAGUAAAAUGUUCAAACCUAAAGAACGGCUUAUUAGGUUUCCAUCUUUUUCUUUAUUAGGUGGUAAUCGUAGAGAUCCACUGAAUCUAAAUGAACUUAUACGGCAAAGAAAUCAAUUAACAAUCAACGAUGAGAAUACCCGAAUGAAUGUUCAUGGCGAUGAUCAACCGAUUGAAAUUUUACUUCCACCAGAUAUAUAUGAUCCGCUUUGUCUUGAUAUUUCUUUACAGAAUACUGAAAAUUCUAUUUCAGUUACUAGUGACAAUCAGCAUUCAUCAAUACAAAAAACGCAAACAAAUUUUCAAACAAGAAAACCCAAUUGGCUUAUCGAUCAACAAGUGCCUGAAACAAAAAUAACGCAAUUCAAAAAACAAUAUAGACUUUUUUCUUGUAAUAAAUUUGCUUUUGCAAAUUAA